AUGCUAUGGAAUAUUGCAUCAACGUUCAUAGCCCUAGGCAAAGUGACUUCUGCACGGCUCCCUCAGCCAUUUCACCAGAGCUUCGCAUCUAUUGAUUCCCAGGAGAUCAUUUUCGAACUCCACAACAACACCGUCUACCUCAGUAAUGUGCAACAUCCGAAGGCUGUGUAUUAUGGCAGCUGGGGUCCAUCGGAGCGACCUUUGUGGACACCCUUGACCGCAGUGAGUGUCAAUACUUCAAAGGUGACGGAAGAUGAUAUCAAAAGAACUAUCCAGGACUAUAUAGACCAAGAUGACGUCUUUAACCUCGCCUUUCUUGAAGCCGUUCUCCUCCAAACCGCGACCGAAGGGGUUAUUGAGAAGCAAGCUAUAGACUACUUGCGAAGUUUGAACGUGUCGACAAUAUUUGUUCCUCCCAAAGUUACCAUUCCAUCAGGUGCCUCCAUCGGCACAGUGACUAUUGUCCCAGAGUCGCAAAAUCAGCAUGUUGAGGGACCUUUCGUGGCAGCUCUGAAGGAAAACGCAUUCUACCUGUAUCCUGUCUGGCGGCUAUAUUCGGACCUCUACAGUGUGUUUCUGCAGGGUUCGUAUGAUCCCGGGGAUGGUAGCGGCAUCUAUCGCGCCGUUGGCGCUCAGAAUACUAAAUUCUUCGAACAGCCUCUGAUUCCAGUACCUUCGCGAAUCUACAGCUGGAGGGACCCUCGCCCGCUAGCUGGAGCAAGAGUAGGAGUCAAGGAUCUAUUUGACGUUAAGGGCCUUCAAACCACAGGCGGAAGUAAGGCAUGGACACACAUCACUCCUUUUGCGAAUGUCACCGCGCCAGCUAUCCAGCGAAUUAUUGAUCUAGGGGGCCAUAUUGUUGGUAAGCAGAAACUAGCUCAAUUUGCCUCAGCAGCCGACCCUUGGUUAUGGCAAGAUGAGCACUACCCUUUCAACCCACGUGGGGACGGGUGGUUGACUUGCAGUGCAUCAUCCUCCGGUGGCGGUUGCUCAAUCGCAGCGUACGAGUGGCUAGACUUUGCAAUCGGUACAGACACUGGCUCUUCUAUGCGUUUACCAGCUGCCGUAUCUGGUACAGCGCCCCAGCCAAGGUAUGAUGUCGCUCGAUCUAGCCAUCCCAGCGAUACUACCGGCGUUUUCACCAGGGAUCCAAAGAAGUGGGCCCAUUUCUCCAAAGCCUGGUAUACAACAACCAUGCAGCAGAACUCAACCUUGACUGGCCUGCCUGCCUACGACGUCCCUAACACCAAUCAAUUCCCCAAACGACUAGUAUAUCUCAGCGAAUUCAGUCCACAAAAUCAAGCAGCCACAGAACCCAUCUGGCAAUCCUUCAUAUCGAACCUCACCCAGCUAUUCAACAUGACCACAGAGACAAUCAACUUCACCGCAGUAGCCCAGUCCGCCCCCGAGCCAGCAGUGCCCAUCAUGCUGGAGGACAAAACCAUGAUUACCAUCUGGACCUGGGACCAAUGGCGCAUUAUCGGCAAGCCUCUCAUCAACGCUUGGACCAGACUAUCCGAUGGUCGAUUCCCUCCCUUAGACCCUACCCACCGCGACCAGUGGCAAAGGUUCCUGACCGACCCAGUCAAAGAAGAAGAUUUCCAGGAGGCUCUCGAGUCUCGAGCAAAGGCAGUUACUUGGUUCGAGGAGUCCGUUCUGUUUUCUACCAAUGAGUCGUGCUCGGAGUCACUGCUGGUCUAUGAUAUCGGGCCAGGCGGGUUUCCCUCAUACCGAGAAGACGUCUUGAACAAGUUACCUAAUACGACGUAUGUCUAUAAGAAGGCGGAUGAUGCCGCUAUCUUGGGUGCUUCUAUUUGUCCGAUUUUUGGGUGUGCUGAUUAUACGAUUCCCAUUGGGGAAGUUCCGUAUAAGUCGGCGGUUACUUUGAAAACGGAGAUGAUGCCGGUAUCUAUGAAUCUCGUGGUUAAACGGGGGUGUGAUUUUGUGCUCUUUAAUAUGAUUGAGAGGUUGGCUGAUGCGGGCUUGCUGCGUACUGUUAAGGCGGGGAGGACUCUAUUUUGA